AUGCUUGGGUGUCAGGCUGACGACACGGAUACCAUAUUUGGCCGGACAGCUCUCAGUUGGGCGAGUGGAAACGGCCAUGAAGCCAUUGUCCAGCUGCUUCUCGAUACAAACAAAGUAGAUGUCAACUCUCGAGAUUACAACGGCUGGACGCCACUGAAAUGGGCUACUGAGAAGAAGCAUACGAAAACAGCGCAGCUCCUGCUU